AUGUCCAUAUUAGUUGUAUUUUUUUGUCUCUAUCUUCUAAGCAUGAGUUCCCAGACAAAGUCAAGCACAGAAGAAGUAGGUUUUUACAAUUUUAAGGAAAAAGCAAUUGAUGGAAACGAAGUGAACUUUUCCAGAUAUAAGGGAAAGGUAUGUCUUGUUGUGAACACUGCAUGCAAGUGUGGGCUGGCUAAGAAUGGAUUUGCCACAAUUAAAAAGCUGCAGGAGAACUUUAAAGACCUGCAGAUUCUUCUCUUUCCAAGCGCAAUAAGCACGUUCAUCGACCAGGAGAAGGAUAGUUCUGAGGAAAUAAUUGAGGAAAUAGCAAAGUCCGGGAUAGUACUGAAGGACGAGAACAUAGUUGUAUUCAAAAAAAGUGUUAUUAACAGCUCAGUAGGGAUAUUUAACUGGCUUACGUCUACAUAUGAAAAAAGCGGAUGGUUUAACAUAAAGUCAAUUAAAUGGAACUUUACCAUGUUUGUGGUUGAUAAGACAGGAAGAAGAGUGGACAGGCACGAUCCAACCAGUGCAACUUAUCCAAAUGUUGAGAAGUCAGUUAAUAAGUUUUAUAGCGAAUUAUAA